AUGUUCGGACCCAUCUUCCUUCUAACGAUUUUUGCUCCAGGAGCACUUGCAGCCAUUACCGAUGAUUUCUCCUGUACCGAUAUGACCUCCUACACCGCCUCUGCCACCGUAUGCUCCAAUAACCUUCCUGAUGCAUCUUGUGCUGUUUUCUACAAAGAAUCAGCUCAAGGUGUCGGAUUCCCAGCCGCAGGCAACCAGGUUCAACGUCCAUUUGCUUGCUACAGUACCAGUCCAAAUGGAGGAUCAGUUGAUGCCGAUAUGAAGAAGGCAGCUAUUAAGAACUGUCCAAAGACUUGUGGAAUGUGUUGCUUGACACCGGCUUACAAUUGCACCAAUGCUCAGUUCCCCGCGAUGAACUGUGCCACAAUCCAACCCUCCCAAUGCCUCUCUCCAAUCUGGCGUGAGAAAAUCGCCCAAAACUGUCCAUCAGUGUGUGGAUUCUGUAAUGACGGUGGAUGUGUGGAUGGUGUGACUGAUUGUGCCAACGACAUCUCAAUUUGCACCAAUAUCGAUAUGCAACCAUUUGUGAAUGAGUACUGUAAGAAGACGUGCGGUCGUUGCUCAGCUUCUCCAUCCAAUCCUUCCAAUCCCGGAUGUACCACUUACAAAGCUGAUAGUGCCUCGGCUUGUGCUUCUUGGGCCGCUAAUGGAUUCUGUGUCAAUGAGUUUUAUACCAAGGAACAGAGAAAGGCGUAUUGUGCGACUACUUGUAAGAUUUGCUAG